GUAGUGUGUGUGUGUACCUACGUUCGUAUUGACUUGUCCACUGACAGCUUGAAUGCACAAUAUAUAAGGCCGCUUCUGUUGACCUUUCAUCACAUUGUGUUCGUCUAUUUUUGUGCCGUAAUACGUCGUUCAUUCGUUAAUUAGCUGUUUAACAAUAACUACGUUUAUUUCCUUGUAUCAAUAAUUGCCGCACAAAGUAAUAAUGGGUGUUAAGGUAAUAAAUGUGUUUCUGCUAAUUGCGGUUACCGCUUGUCUGAUACAUGCCGUUGCUGGAAAGCCGAACCCGAGAGACAGUUCUGUUGUUGAGGAACAGAGCCUGGGCCCCAUCCACAAUGAAGACUUGGACGCGAAAUUGAAAAUAGAAGCUACCACAACGCCAGAGCCAAAGAUCCCGGGGCGCGUUUCGUGCGAUUUUGAAGAAGCAAACGAGGACGCUGUUUGCCAGGAGCAUUGUCUACCAAAAGGUUACACUUACGGCAUCUGCGUUAGUCAUACAUGUAGUUGCAUUUAAAUAGUAGUAGUUAGUAGUGGUACACAAAUACACAUGACGCCAAUGAUAGUUUUUUAAGUUCAUAAUAAAACAUGUAGUUGUCAUACGG